CUCAACAGUGACGUCAGCGUCGUCAGCGCUGAGGACUGGUGCGUAACCGCAGCUUUAGAACCGAGAAACAUGAGCGGGAACACCGUGGACACCACCACGCUCUGCCUCUUUGAUGUGGACGGGACGCUCACGGCCGCCAGACAGGCGGUGACUCCGGACAUGGCAGAGUUCCUGGAGAAGUUGAGGACUCGGGUUCGGGUCGGAGUGGUGGGAGGGUCGGACCUCAGCAAGAUCCAGGAGCAGCUGGGAGAUGACGUGAUCCAGAAGGUGGACUACCUGUUCGCUGAAAACGGUCUCGUGGCCUACAAAAACGGGGAGCUGCUCUCCAUCCAGUCCAUCCAGGCCCACAUGGGGGAGGAGCUGCUGCAGGACUUCAUCAACUUCUGCCUCAACUACCUGGCCGGCAUCAAGCUGCCCAAGAAGAGGGGAACCUUCAUCGAGUUUCGUAACGGCAUGUUGAACGUCUCUCCAAUCGGACGCAGCUGCACGCAGGAAGAGAGGAAGGAGUUCUACCAUCUGGAUCAGAAAGAGAAGAUCAGAGAGAAGUUUGUUUCUGUUCUGAGAGAAGAAUUCAAAGGAAAAGGCCUCUCGUUUUCAAUCGGAGGCGAGAUCAGCUUCGAUGUGUUCCCUGACGGCUGGGACAAGAGGUACUGCCUGGACAUCGUAGCGAAGGACAACUACUCAACCAUCCACUUCUUUGGAGACAAGACCAAACCGGGAGGAAACGACUACGAGAUCUACAGCGACCCGCGGACCGUCGGCCACGAGGUGUCGAGUCCGGAGGGAACCCGCCGGCUCUGCGAGCAGCUCUUCUUCUCCUGAGAGAGCAGCUGAUGAAGUUACUGAAGGGUCAUCGCGCGGUGAUGCUGGAGGAGGCGGGGCGGCGUCCCCGCUGGCGGCGGGGACUUUGGUGGUUGUGGAAAGUGUUGCGGUGGUUCUGCCGUAGCAGGAGAUCACUGACUGUGAUUCGGGUGUGGUCGUGUGACCGUCCCGGUCCGAGGCACUUUGAAAUUGCUCCUGUAAGGGAUGUAAAGUCGGGGAAAUAAAAACGUUCUUCUGUG